AAGGGAAUUCCCCUGUCAAUAGUUGCUUACAAGACAAGCUAUUCGAAUUCGUUGAGUGUUGUGUAAGAGAAGAGUUUCCUCGCUUUCAUCUUCUUUUUCGAACUAAAAUGUAACAAUUAUAAUCGCAAUAUGAAAUGAAUGGUGAGAACUGCAAAUUCGCUUGACUAUAAGUUAAAAAGUGAAGAAUAUAUCAUCAAGUUGGACCCAAAAGAAUAAACUUCAUGAUCUUAGAAAACUUCGAAAUAAAAUAACUCAUGAAAUACCUGACAAUAGGCUAACUGAUAAAGACUUUCAAACCAUAACAACAAAAGUUGAGAAAGCGUUGCGUGCACUGAGACUGUCAACCAAUGAGGUCGUUCGAAUAAAGAAACUCUUUGCAUCGUUUAAAAUUCUUCCUCCUGCACCGACCCAUAAAGUCGUUUCUCGUUCUGACCAGAUACGCGAGAUAAGAGAGGAUCUUGAAAAGUUGCGCAGCGAUAACGACGACAAACUUAAAUAUUUUUACAUCUCUGGAAAUCCCGGAAGUGGAAAAUCUGAACUCACCAGACAAGUUUGUGAAGAUAUUGGGAAAAACGUUCACGCGAAGCACGAAGCAAUGUUUGUAAUGACAUUGAACGUGAAGGAUUUAGAUUCUCUUUUAUAUUCCUAUGAAGAUUUUUGUCGUAAGCUAAAUUGCAACGAAAGAGUAUUAAAAGAUCUUUUGAGCUCUUCUAAACCAAAAGAUGAGAAAAUCAAAGAUUUGAGAUCGCAAAUAUCCAACAGAAUUAAGAAUUGGAAGAAGUGGUGGAUUAUCGUCGACAAUGUGGAAAAUCUCGAGCUCAUUUCCCCACUACUGCCUCUGAUGGGCGACGAUUUUUGGAAUAACGGUCAAAUCAUAGUGACGACACAAAACACAAAUGCAGUUCCUUCCGACCAUAGAGAUUAUAAAUAACACUAGAGGAGGCAUUGGUAUCAAAAACAUCAGUCAAAAAAGGGAGCGCGAUAAUGGGGGGCAAAUUCAAGUCCCGGAUGCUAAGCCAAGCGCUGAUUGGCUAGAUCAAUGCCUCCUUAGCAACCACGUUAGCAACAAUUUUAAAAAAAUUAUAUUCGUUAUUUAGGUCGCUUUGCCGGUUUUUUAAGGAAAAACAGUGCUUUUUGAAACUGGUUUUACUAAUUUAGAGAUCCUGAAAUUAUAUUUUAGGCAGAAAAACAUUUAGAGACCGAAAAAACUCGUUAAAAACGACUUAUUUUGGCCUCGGACAUCGUGAAUGAGUGAACAUCCGGGACUUGAAUUUGCCCCCAUUAACGCGCUCCCCAAUUUCUCCUCGAUGACCCCUCUAGUGUUAUUUAUAAUCUCUAUGCUUCCGACAGCUUGUCAAGUAAACAUAUUUCACUUAGUCUCGGUAUGAAUGACCAAGAGUGUCGCCAGCUUCUUGCCCUGUUAUCAAGAACUGAUGUCAAUGAUUCAUUACUAGAUGAGGUGGCAGAGAAGUUAGAUCGUCAACCACUGGCUAUGGCUGCCUCAGCCGCGUAUAUGAGACAAGCUAUCGAGAUUCGCUCAGAUUUUUCUUGGCGGGAUUACUUAGAAAAGCUUGAAAAGGAAAAAGAGAAGUAACAGAGAUGAAAUAGACGAAUUGAGUCGUUGACAAUCGCUUCUCAACUUCUGAUAAUGUAGACCUCGCUUACGAGUUAUGUUAAUAUCUUGGCUGGUAAAGAAACUACGUAAACUUCAUCGUUAACAAAGAUGAAACAUUUGAAAUAAUAUCGAGCGUCGAAAAAUGUCUGGUAUACCAUGGGAAAGCGAGGAAAGACAAAACUUCAUUCGAGCAGACUACAUUGUCAGUGACGUUGUGAGGAAGGAAUUAAGAAGUUUCUUUAUUCAGGAAUGGAACAAACGUUACCAGGCUUCUCUUGGAGCAUGGGAUGACACAAACGUAAGUGGUAGUCAGUUGUUUAAUCUCGAAAAAUCACGAGGAAGACCAAAUAAGAAAAUGCUUCAGUCCAAAUUUCAAAAUGGAAAUGCAUAUAAUUGGGAUUGUACUGUACUUUUUGAUGCAAUUCUUUUUUCCAAAUCGAUUGGUGCAAGCCUUAAUCCAACGCAAAAAACUGAAAUCGAUAAUCUAAGAAAACUACGAAAUGAAAUAACUCAUAAAGCUGAAAAAACUCUGAAUGAUGCAGACUUUCAAACCAAGACAACAGACGUUAUAAAUGCAUUGAAUGCAUUAGGACUGUCAAGCAACGAAGUCGUUCGAGUAAAAAAUCUCUAUAAAUCCUUUCAAAUUCUACCUCCCAAACCAACUCAUGAAGUCGUUUCUCGUUCUGACAAGAUACACGAGAUAAGAGAAGAUCUUGAAAAGUUGCGCAGCGACAAUAACGACAAACUUACAUAUUUCUACAUCUCUGGGAAUCCAGGCAGUGGAAAAUCCCAACUCGCCAGACAGGUUUGUGAAAGUAUCUAUUCCGAAGUUGGUUGGUUGCAGGAAGCAAUGUUUGUGAUGACAUUGGACGGAAAAGAUUUGGAUUCACUUCUCCACUCGUACGAAGAUUUUUGUCGUCGCCUGAAUUGCAACGAGAGCGUAUUACAAACUACAUUAAGUUCAUCAAACCCAAAAGAUAAGAAAAUAAAAGAUUUAAGAUCGCAAAUUUGCAGAAAAAUUAAGAAUUGGAAGAAGUGGUGGAUUAUCGUCGACAACGUGGAAAAUCUCGAGCUCAUUGCCCAACUACUGCCUCUGAUGGGCGACGAUGUUUGGAAUAACGGUCAAAUCAUAGUGACGACACAAAACACAAAUGCAGUUCCUUCCGACAGCUUGUCAAGUAAACAUAUUUCACUUAGUCUCGGUAUGAAUGACCAAGAGUGUCGCCAGCUUCUUGCCCAGUUAUCAAGAACAGACGUCAAUGAUCCAUUACUAGAGGAGGUUGCAGAGAAGUUAGAUCAUCAACCACUGGCAAUAGCUGCCGCAGGCGUGUAUAUGAGAGAAGUCAUCGAGAUUCGUUCAGAUUUUUCGUGGCCGGAUUAUUUAGAAAAGCUUGAAAAAGGGAAAAGAGAAUUAACAGAAGAGCAUCUCAAGCAGACAAAUUCAGCAGCAUAUUCAUCCACCAUGAGUGCAGCUGUGCUUUUAGCUGUUACAAAAUGUGCGGAAAAAAACAAAAUUCUAGAAGAUACAUUUAAAUUUUUCUCUUUGAUAUCGUUUAAACCACUACCGCUUGAUCUUGUUGUGAAAUACGUUCAGCAGCAAGAAGAAGAGUUGGAUGCCGAGGAUAUCAUUCUUCCAAUAAAACACUGCUCAUUGUUUGUUCAUGUGGGAAAUAAAGAGGGAGAUAUCCGCCUGCACCGUGUUGUCCAUGAUAUGAUCAAAUUGCUUUGUCUUUCGAAAAAAACUGACGUUGGCAAUUCAGUAAUUCUCAACGUGACAAGAACAUUAUAUUCUUUCAGAGAUAGGAAAGAUAAAAUUAAAAUAAUUUCACAUUUGAAGGCAUUUCUCGCAGAAAUUGACAAAUUGUUUCCAAAUGAAGCGCUAUCCUCAAUGAGUUCAGCAUUUGAUGAAACUGAAAUCUGGGAAAUAUAUACUUUUUUUGGAAUAGCUCUAUCUAACUUUUCCGAGUUUGACCUCUCGUUGAAAAUUUUCCAGCAGACACUGAAAAUUGCGUUGCAGCGGUUAGGGCCAAAGCACAUUUAUGUUGCUGGUUGCUACACCAGUCUGGGUAAUGUGUAUCGUGAUAAAGGUGAUCUGGACCAAGCUUAUGAUUAUUGUCAGCAGGCUCUGGAAAUUACCUUAGAACAAUUAGGAGAGAACAACGUUGGCGUUGCUAGGUCGUACACCAUCAUUGGUAAUGUGUGUAAGGAUAAAGGUAAUUUGGAGCAAGCAAAUGACUAUUAUCAACGAGCACUGAAAAUUCAGUUGGAACAAUUGGGGCCAAACCAUGUUGACGUUGCUACUUCAUACACAAAUCUGGGUGCUGUGUGUAAUGACAAAGGUGAUUUGGAGCAAGCUAAUGAUUAUUAUCAACAAGCUCUGAAAAUUCUAUUAGCAGAAUUAGAGCCAAAUCAUAGACACUUUGCUACCUUAUACAGCAACCUGGGUAACAUAUGUCGUAAGAAAGAUGAUUUGGAGAAGGCUACUAAUUAUUUUCAAAAAGCACUGAAAAUUCUAUUAGAACAAUUAGGGCCAAAUCAUAGUGAUGUUGCUGGUUUAUACAUGAACUUGGGUGUUGUGUAUCAUGAAAAAGGUGAUUUGAAGGAAGGUAUUGAUUAUUAUAAACGAGCUUUGAAAAUUCAAUUAGUAUAUUUAGGGGAAAACCAUCGUGAAGUUGCUGGCUUAUACAACAACCUGGGUAUUAUGUGUAGGGAUAAAGGUGAUUUGGAGCAAGAGUAUGAUUAUUAUCAACGAGCACUGAAAAUUCAGUUAGAACAAUUGGGGCCAAACCAUAUUGAACUUGCUACUUCAUACAACAACCUGGGUGCUGUGUGUAGUGAUAAAGGUGAUUUGGAGCAAGCUAAUGAUUAUUAUCAACGAGCACUGAAAAUUAAAACAGAAUUAUUGGGGCCAAACCAUGUUGACGUUGCUAUUUCAUACAACAACCUGGGUAAUGUGUGUUUGAAUAAAGGUAAUUUGGAGCAAGCUCAUGAUUUUUAUCAACAAGCACUGAAAAUUCAAUUAAAAGAAUUAGGGCCAAAUCAUAGAAAAAUUGCUACCUUAUACAACAACCUCGGUAAUGUAUAUCGUGCUAAAGGUGAUUUGGAGCAAGCUAAUGAUUAUUAUCAACGAGCGCUUAAAAUUCAGUUAGAACAAUUGGGGCCAAACCAUGUUAAUGUUGCUAAUACAUACAGCAACCUGGGUAUUGUGUGUGGUGAAAAAGGUGAUUUGGAGCAAGCUAAUGAUUAUUAUCAAAAAGCGCUGAAAAUUCAGUUAGAACAAUUGGGGCCAAAUCAUGUUAAGGUUGCUGCUUCAUACAACAACCUGGGUAUUGUGUGUCAGAAAAAAGGUGAUUUGGAGCAAGCCUGUGAUUAUUGUCAACGAGCGCUGAAAAUUCAGUUAGAACAAUUGGGGCCAAACCAUGUUGACGUUGCUAGUUCAUUCCACCGACUGGGUAUUUUGUGUCUAUCAAAACGGGAUCUGGAUUGCGCCAGAGAUUAUCUUCAACGGGCACUAAAUAUCCAAUCAGAGAAACUAGGACCAAAUCAUAAGGAUGUUCUUCAUUCCUACCUCUAUCUUGGCGCAGUUUACUUUGAAAAAGAUGAUCUGGAACAUGCUAGCCAUUAUUUUAGAAUCAUCGCUAUGUCCAGGAAAUAAUACAUACCAGAUUCCGCUUAAAGUUUUCCAAACACUGUUUCAGAUGCCUCAUGAAAUUUAUUAACAGAGAGCGAGGCCGGGUGAUAUAAUUAUUUGAAACACACAACUUCAUCCUUGCUAUUUUUUCUCAUGAUAGCAACAGUUGAUUUAUAUUAAAUAGUAUCGUCAAGCAAAAUAAAGAGAAAUAUUUCAAUCGCACGGAGUAAAGCCAGGCGCACACGACGCGAUUUUUGUAGGACAAAAUAAUAAACAUACUAUGCUAUAAAUAGACGCAAAUAUUAUAAUAUGCAUUGCAAACAACAACACUCCAACGAGUGCUGAAUAAGUAGGCUUAUCCAUUCUAGUGCAUUUUACGACGGGACAGUGACUCGGUGAGAGAACAAGUUAUAACUUGUACAAGUUAUAACAUUCGGUGAGAGUACAAGUAUAAGUUAUAACUUGUACAAGUUAUAACAUUCGGCGAGAGUACAAGUACAAGUUAUAACUUGUACAAGUUAUAACAUUCGGUGAGAGUACAAGUACAAUGUUAUAUAUUGGUGAACCGCUUUAAAAGUUUCCACAAA